AUGCAUGUUGUGAAGGUAUCUGACUUUCUCGACAUGAAGGGUGUGCUGGAACCGCACCACGCACUGCUUCGAAAAGGCUUGCUUCACCGGUGGACCCCGGGUAUGAGCGUGAUUUUCGUGUCGCACCAGUGGCUUUCAAGCGGGCACCCAGAUCCGCAGGGACGGCACGCCGCUGUUCUGCGCAGCACUUUGCAAGGAGUUCUCGAUGGGUCUUUGCAAGUGGAGAUGGACGUUGCUUACGAUGCAAAUGUUCCUCUUGACGAUGCAGUGGAGUACGCCAGGAAUCAAGUCCUUUCGGGCUACAUCUUUUUGGACUGGUUUGCCAUUCCACAGAUCACAGCCCGAGCAGAGGGAGUGAACGAGGAAAGCACCAAGAGCGACGCGGCGCUUGCUGUCCAAAGCAUCCCGUUCUAUGUGGAGGCGUCAACGAUCUUUCUAGCGCUGGUUCCCGAAGUUAAGCACAAAGACACCGGAAGGUAUUGCAACUACACCUCCUGGCUCUCGCGCGGAUGGUGCCGUGCGGAGUUGUGGUGUCAUCUUCUGUCCAGCAAGCCUUUCACGCAGGUCAUUGUCGUGUUCUCCUCCAAAGAGUCGCAGUUCAUGUACCCGCGGGAUUGGCAGGAGAACACCAUCGAUACUGGCGACUUCACGGUUGAAAGCGAUCGCGAUGUGGUUCGAAGGCUAGGUGAAGUAGCCGUCGAACACAAGAUUCAAAACCUGUCUUCUGCAGGCCCUGAGAACCUGUAUCGGUUCUUUCUGGCACGGCGAUCCAGGAUGUUGGGGCAGCCAUCUCUGACUCGGGACAUGGACGACUUCUUGUUCCAUUUCAAGUUCCCUGACUUGGAGUCAGCCAUCAGUGCCAAGAGCAGCAUGAACGGAGUCCAGUGCGCCACCUUGUCCGGUGACGUGAAGAUGCUGCGUUGCCUGGCGCAGAAGAAGGCAGACCUCAAUGCCAAUGUCCUUGGUUUGGAGGAGCUUGGCUUUUCACAGGAUUGGAGCCUCUUGAUGGUUGCCCUGGAGUCGCGACAGUCUGCAGAGAUGAUCCGAACUUUGUUAGACUUGGGUGCGGAUGUCCAUGCCUCCAGCUUCGAGGGUACGCCGGUGCCAGCGUUCGUGAAGAACUCGCAGCACAUCGAAGAGCUUCUGCGCAGCGGCGCUGAUUUUCAUAAACCUGGCAUGCCCUUGGGUCUCACGCCCUUGGCCAAGGCAGCUGGGAUGUCAAAUGCGGAGACGGUGUCUGCCUUAUUGCGACUGCGCUGCGAUCCCAACCCUCCAUUGUGUGGCUUGGGUGUCACUCCUAUGAUCUCAGGAGUGGCCUUAGCCCGCGGGAACAGCAGCAGCGUGCAGAUUGUGCAUGCUCUGCUGGAGGGAAGAGCAGAUCCGAACGUCGUUUCCAGGCAAUCUGGCAUGUGGCUGACGAUGGUCGCAGUUGGCAGGGCAAAGGUGGCUCUCUUGGGUCGUCAGACAUGUACGCCCCAAACACGUUCUGCCGCAACACUGCCCGGAUCUACACCUUUAUUGACCGCCGCAGCCAUCGGCAGUGAAGAGCUCGUAGAGCUUCUGUUGAGGUAUGGAGCAUAUCCUCAGCCCAAUGACCGUGGCGAAACCUGUGAAUUUCUGGCGGAGGCCAAUGGACAUUACAACGUGCUUCCCUCUUUAAGAACUUUUCCGGUGUGA